AUGUCGCACCAACCUACUGUUGUCGAUGACGACAAGCACUACACCAAGGACCCUGUUGUGAACAGCAAUGGCAGCUACGGGGGAUCUCACGAUGAGGAGGUUGGAGUUGUCACAAAGGGCGAGCCCCUCCAGCGAAACCUGAAGAAUAGACACAUGCAGAUGAUCGCCAUCGGCGGUGCUAUUGGUGCCGGUCUUUUCGUCGGUUCUGGUGGUGCUCUUCGAAGUGGUGGCCCUGCCGCCUUGAUUAUCGGUUACAUGAUUGUCGGAUUCAUGUUGAUGCUUACUACCCAGGCCCUCGCUGAGAUGGCUGUCUUGUAUCCCGUUAACGGUGCCUUCUACACAUACGUCUGCCGAUUCGUCGACCCUUCCUGGGGUUUUGCCAUGGGUUGGGAUUAUGCUAUCGCUUGGUUGACCGUAUUGCCCUUCGAACUCGUUGCCGCCAGUAUCACCAUCAAGUUCUGGCGCGAUGACCUCAACAUGGGCAUCUGGGUUGCUGUCUUCCUCGUCGUUCUCGGCAUUAUCCAAAUCUUCGGCGUCCGCGGAUACGGAGAGGUCGAAUUCGUUCUCAGUCUUAUCAAGAUUGCCGCCUGCAUCGGCUUCAUCAUCCUCGGUAUCGUCAUCAACUGCGGUGGCGUCGGCGACAAGGGCUACCUCGGUGCCAAGUACUGGCACGACCCUGGUGCGUUCCAGAACGGCUUCAACGGUUUUGCUGGUGUCUUUGUUGUUGCUGCUUUCGCCUUCGGUGGUACUGAGCUCGUCGGUCUUGCUGCCGCUGAGUCCGACAACCCGCGCAAGGCCAUCCCCAUGGCUAGCAAGCAGGUCUUCUGGCGUAUUGCAUUCUUCUACAUUGUCAACCUCUUCAUCCUUGGCCUCAUUGUCCCGGCCAACGACCCCCGCCUCUUGGGUUCCUCCGGCGCCAACACCAAGGCCUCCCCCUUCGUCCUUGCCAUCCAGGAUGCCGGCAUCAAGGUCCUUCCCUCCAUCUUCAACGCCGUCAUUACCAUUGCCGUCAUCUCCGUUGCCAACAGCUGCACUUUCGGUUCCACCCGCACGAUGCAGGCCAUGGCCGAGCGCGGCAUGGCUCCUCGCUUCCUCGCCUACGUCGACAAGCAGGGCCGUCCCCUCUGGUGCGUCCUGAUCCAGAUCGCCUUUGGUCUCCUCGCCUUCAUCGGAGAGUCCGCCGACAGCAGCACCGUCUUCGGCUGGCUCCUCGCUCUCUCUGGUCUCUCCUACUUCUUCGUUUGGGGCUCCAUCUGCCUGGCCCACGUCCGCAUGCGCAUGGCCUGGAAGGUCCAGGGAUUCACCCUCGACCAGAUCCCCUACAAGAAUCCCUGGGGCGUCUGGGGCAGCGCCGUCGGCCUGUUCCUCAACAUCAUCUGCCUCAUCGCCACCUUCUACAAUGCUCUCUACCCCUCUCCCAACGCACAGCCCGAUGCCACGGCCUUCUUCCAGGCCUACCUCGCCGCCCCGAUCGUUCUCUUCCUCUAUCUCCUCUGGAAGCUUAUCUCCCGCGACUGGCGCCUCUACGUGCCCCUCCGCGAGGUCGACCUCAAGUCAGGCGUCGUCCUCGCCGACCCCUCCGACGAGCCCGCGGAAGUCAAGACCUGGGCCAACCUCCCCAAGCGGGUGGCUCGUGCCUUGUUCUAG